AUGACUAGUAAGAAAGAAAUAGGCGCAAAGAUCCUUGCUUUGUUGAAGACAUUGCCCAAGGAUAGAAUACAACAUACUGCCAACUUCAAGGAAUCUCAAAUUGCUAGAUUCCUGAAUGAGAACUAUAUCAAUGGAAUAAUGGAAAAAGACUUACAGUUACAAUACUUAUCACUUAGAGAUCUUGUCAAUGACAAGUAUAAAAACUAUUACAAGUUGGACGAGAAAUUGAUACGACCAAAGGGCAACCCUCACUAUUAUGAAAGGUUAUUGACUGAAUUGAAAGGUGAAAGCAAAGAGACGCUCUUUACUGCUAUUAAGACUGUUAUAUUUGGGAAGUGA